AUGGAUGAUAAUAAUAAUAAUAGCACCGGUAUGUUAAGCAACUCAUCGCUGUACGACUGGAUUAAAAAUAUGACCGAUAAUUAUGAAGACUAUCACGAAAGACGCAAAAAUCUGAUACUAAUUAUAAGUUACUCUAUAUUAGUAAUUGUUUCGCUUGUCGGCAAUGUAUUGGUCUGUAAAGUGGUGUACGAAAGGCGCCGAUCGUUAUCAACAACAAACAUAUUAAUUGCUAAUCUGGCCAUCAGUGACCUAUUGAUGACAACCGUUAACAUACCGUUCAACAUCGCACGGUUUGUUUUAGCUAACUGGCCAUUUGGACAGGCAUUGUGUGUGUUGGUGCCGUUUAUACAGUCGACAUCAGUGCACUGUUCAUCGCUAACAAUGAUGUUUAUAGCCAUCGAGCGCUACAAGAGUUUACUGUUCAAUACACACAUGAAUGGCAAUACGUAUUGCAACCGAUGUUUCCCAUUUGCCGGUAUUUUGUUAGCCAUUUGGACGCUUUCGGCAAUAUUUUCGAUACCCCACGGCAUCUACAAUAGCGUAGAACCACUUAGUCUAGAGUUGACCGAAAUUCAACGGUGCCGAGUGGUCUAUCCGGAGCCCCGGGAGAUGUUUAAUCGGAAAUACACUAUACUAUCAUUGAUGACCCAGUAUUUGUUGCCAAUCCUAUUGACAUUCAUAUGCUAUGUCCGUAUAUCUCUAUUUUUGUGGCGCAAAGAGAUUGUGGGCACACAUACCGAGUGUCACCGCAUUUCACUAAUCAGGCGUAAGAAGCGUCGCAUAAAAAUGUUGAUAAUAGUGGUCAUUGUUUUUGCCGUCUGUUGGCUACCGCUUAACCUAUUCUUACUGUUGACGGCAUUCAAUGUCCAGCCAUUCAAUUCAACCAUAUUUUUUCUCUGUCACUGGUUUGCGAUGUCCAGUGUUUGUUAUAAUCCAUUCAUCUAUUGUUGGCUAAAUGAAAACUUUAAGAGACGUUUUAAAUCAAUAGCUAUUUGUUUUACAAUUUCAACUGAUAAUACUGUUAGUAUGGGUUUGGAUACCGUAAACAAUACGAUGACAACUGUGAACAACAAACAUAAGACAAUCGGUACAAAUCAUUGCAAUGGCAACGAUGAGACACACAUUCAUAUUAUGGAUAUUACUUCAGCCGAUAAUACUGUUGAAACUAAUGUCUAG